CAAUUUGAUAUAUGAACAACUUCACAGGUAGCUUAAAUGAAAAGGAAAAAAACAAUUUGUUAUAGAAGUAAGCAAAGUUAUUUUUAAUUGUCUUUGAAUAUAAUAAACUGAAUUAGAAGAUUAAUAGCAUAGGGAAAUUGAAUAAAUUGAAUGUACAAUAUGGGAUUCUCUUAACUAUAAAUUUAAAAAGAUCACAAUCCUAAUUAAAUUUAAUGAAGAAAAAGAGGUAAGUUACAUAUAAAAUGGAUAGAUUAUAAGAAUGUAUAUUUUUAUUUAAUAUCAAGUGAAUAAGUAAAGGAUUAAUUGUAAAUGA